GAGAGGUUUCCCCUUGACAAACAGUUGAGGAAGCGAGUCGCCGGAGCCGAAAGCAUUAGCGGCGGCUGAGGAUGUAAAAAGGAAGGAAAAUGGGAAAGAAAACGAAGAAGCCAGGGAAAGGAAAAGAAAAAACGGAAAAGAAAACAGCCAAAGCUGAGGAAAAACGAGCUCGCAGAGAAUCCAAAAAACUCUCACCUGAAGAUGACAUAGAUUCUAUUCUGUCGAGUAUUCAAAAAGAAGAGGCCAAAAAGAAGGAAGUGCAUAUUGAAGACAACGUGCCGGCACCAUCUCCGAGAUCGAAUUGCUCGUUAACAAUCAAUCCUUUGAAAGACACGGAGUUAAUUCUGUAUGGAGGUGAAUUCUACAAUGGGAGCAAGACAUUUGUAUAUGGGGAUCUAUAUCGAUAUGAUGUCGAAAAGCAAGAGUGGAAAUUGAUUUCAAGCCCUAAUAGUCCACCUCCUCGCAGUGCUCAUCAGGCAGUCUCCUGGAAGAAUUAUCUUUAUGUUUAUGGUGGUGAAUUCACGUCUCCUAACCAAGAGCGUUUCCACCAUUACAAGGACUUCUGGAUGCUGGACCUGAAAACAAAUCGGUGGGAGCAGCUAAAUUAUAAAGGUUGUCCUAGUCCACGUUCAGGUCACCGCAUGGUCUUGUACAAGCACAAGAUUAUAGUUUUUGGAGGCUUCUAUGACACUCUUAGAGAAGUGAGGUACUUCAAUGAUUUGCACAUAUUUGACCUUGAUCAGUUUAAGUGGCAAGAGAUAAAACCUACUCCUGGAUGCAUGUGGCCAAGUCCUCGAAGUGGCUUCCAGUUUGUUGUUUACCAAGAUGAGAUUUAUUUAUAUGGAGGGUAUUCAAAAGAGGUUUCAUCAGAUAAAAGUGUCUCUGAGAAAGGAAUUGUUCAUUCAGACAUGUGGUGCCUUGAUCCCAGGACUUGGGAGUGGAACAAGGUGAAGAAGAGUGGGAUGCCUCCAGGACCUCGUGCUGGUUUCUCUAUGUGUGUUCAUAAAAAGAGGGCUGUGCUAUUUGGUGGUGUGGUGGAUAUGGAAAUGGAAGGUGACCUAAUGAUGAGCUUGUUCUUGAAUGAACUUUAUGGCUUCCAAUUAGAUACUCAUCGCUGGUACCCCUUGGAGCUGCGAAAGGAGAAGGCAACUAAGGAUAAGUUGAAGAAGAGUUCUGGCGAGAGAGACAGUGAUGUGUCCCUUGAAAGUAAGCAGGGUGUGGUGGACAGGGAAGAUGCUGUACCACAUGGUGAAGAUGACAAUUCAGAUGACGAUGAUAAUGAGAUUGAAAGUGACAUGAGUAAAAUCUCUUUUAAUGUGAAAAGAAAUUUAGCGACUACUAAUGGCAAGGCAGCUACUGAAUCUGACGAGAAAGCCCGUGAUCCUGGCAAAAAAAUUGCUGUGCAAAAUUCCAGUUUACCAGAGAUAGUGAAGCCUUGUGGACGUAUCAAUUCCUGUAUGGUUAUGGGAAAAGACACAUUAUACAUCUACGGGGGUAUGAUGGAAAUUAGAGAUCAAGAGAUUACCCUUGAUGAUCUCUAUAUGCUUAACCUCAGCAAACUGGAUGAGUGGAAAUGCCUAAUACCGGCAUCUGAAUCAGAGUGGAUUGAAGCCUCAGAUAACGACGAUGAGGACGAUGAUGAAGAUGAUAGUGAAAAUGAAGAGGGUGACGAUGAAGAUGAUAGUGAAGAGUCCGGUCAUGAAGAUGGCGAUGUAGAGGCUACUAGUAGUGGGGAUAGGUCACUCCAAAUGGGAGAUGCCGUAGCUAUAAUAAAAGGAGAAGGAAAAAAUCUUAGAAGAAAGGAAAAACGAGCCAGAAUUGAGCAAAUCAGAGCGAGUCUUGGUCUUUCUGAUUCACAGAGAACACCAGUGCCUGGGGAAUCUCUGAAGGACUUCUACAAACGUACAAAUAUGUACUGGCAAAUGGCUGCAUAUGAACAUACACAGCACACCGGAAAGGAACUCCGCAAAGAUGGUUUUGAUCUUGCUGAAACUCGUUACAAGGAACUGAAGCCAAUCCUUGACGAGUUGGCUGUUUUAGAGGAAGAACAAAAAGCAGAAGAGGCUGAAGGACCUGAGGCUUGUGGCUCUAGAAAGAAGGGUAAUAAAAAGAACAAGCUUUCAGCAGCCAAGUAAUUUUACUACAUGUCAUUAUCCCAAUUUAAUAGGGAUUUUGACUAAUAGAACCCUUUUUUUUUUUUUUUUUUUUGCCCUAUUUAUUUUUUAUGUUUUUUGUAUUUGAAAAUUAGAAAUAUUUUUAUUUUGUUUUUGGGUUUAUUGAGAAACAUGAGUGACAUGAAGGAGCUGUGUAGUGUAACAUUAUAAAUUUUUUGGUUAAUGAUGCAUUUAUUAAAGAAAAUGAUUCAAAAAACUAUGCAUUUUAGCAUA